AUUUUUAAAAAAAUUGUUUGGAUUGAUAAAAUUGAUUUAUACGUUCGCACCAAUUUAAUUAUAUAUGUAAUAGUUACUGACUUUAAAUUAUUCAAUAUAUAUUUAUUAUUUCGUAAUAUGUAAGAACAUAUAAUACAUAAAAUAAUUUAUAUAUAUAAUGUUUAUCCCGCGCAAGGCGCGGAUCUUAAUCUAGUAUGCAUAGUAUUUAGGCAUCUCCAACUCAUAACACUAUUUUAGUGUCAAAAUUACACUAUUUUAGUGCAGUUUUAGCACUAAAUAUUUUUGACUCUCCAACCACAACACCAAAUCUUACACUAAAAAGAAUAUUCUCCAUUACUAAAUUAUUAAAAAGAUUCUUUAUUUUUAAUAUUUUAGUAGAAUAUUUAAUAUAUUAUGACUAACAUAUAUUAACUUAUAUUAAAAUUGUAGUUAAAAAUAAUAUUUCUAAUUCACUUUGUAAAACAUAUUUCUAAUUCAAAUAUGAAUAUAUGACAAAACUAUAUUAAAAUAUUAUUAUGAAAACAAACUCUUACAUUAAACAAUUAAAAACACAUAACAAAAGCCAAAUUACAUUAUACUAAAUUUAAGAAUUCGAAUAUUCAGACCACAAAUGUUCAAUCAAUGCAUCUCGAAGUUCGAAAUGAGCUUCCCGAUCUCUGAUUUUCUUAUGAUGAGCUAAAAAUUCUUAAAAUUGAACAUCAUCAGCACCUGUCAUCUCAACUUCUGCACUUGGAACUUCAACAUAUUCUUCAAUUGUUGCAUUUAUAUCACGUUCAUCUUCUAUAAUCAUAUUGUGCAUUAUGAUACAACUUGUCAUUAUAUCAUGUAACACUUUCUUAUUCCAUAAUCGCGAUGGUCCGGCUACAAUUGCAAAUCUUGAUUGCAAUACUCCAAAAGCCCGCUCCACGUAUUUUCGGCAUGAUUCUUGCUUCAUUGCAAAUAAUUUUUUUUGGGACCACGUGGAUCGUGAAUUAUUUGGAAGAGUGGACCAUUUUGGAUAUAUACCGUCAGCUAGGUAAUAACCCAUAUUAUAACUUUUUCCAUUUAUAACAUAAUUUGCAGGUGGAGCAGUACCUUCGGCUAGAUUAGAGAAAAAAUGAGAUGCCUCUAGCACAUUAAUAUCGUUAUUAGAUCCUAGUAGACCAAAAUAAGCAUGUCAAAUCCAAAGAUCAUAAUCAGCUACAGCCUCUAGAAUAAUGGUAGGAGAACCACUACGACCAGCAUAUUGUCCCCCCCCCAAGCAGUUGGGCAGUUUUUCCAUUUCCAAUGCAUACAAUCUAAACUACCCAACAUACCUGGAAAUCCUCGGCAUUCACCAAUAUGAAGUAUAUUAGUCGUGCAACAUCAUUAGCGUCAGGUGACCGAAGAUAACGACCUCCAAAUACCUCCACAAUAGCACGACAAAAUCGUUUUAAACUUUCCAACGCGGUUGACUCUCCUAUUUUGAUAUACUCAUCAGUGGAAUCCGCUGGUACACCGUACGCCAACAUUCGAAACACGGCAGACUGGACAACCCAAGCCUUCCAAUUCCAUCUUUUCGUUGGACAAAAUAAUUGUCAUGUCUUUGUAUAGCUUCAUAAAUACGAAGAAACAAAGUACGACUCAUCCGAAAUCUUCGUCGAAACAUCAUCUCCGGAAACAAAGGAUUCUCAGCAAAGUAAUCAUUGAAGAGAUUACGUGAAGCAUUCUCCCGAUCACAGUUGAUAACUAUAUGACCAGGAAUAGAUCCUCCAUGGGAUCCUUCGUUAAAAAGAUUUUGAGUGAUUAAAAAGUUAUUGUUUGCAGUAAUUUGACAAACUACUUGCUUUUCAAGAUCUUCAUAAUAACCAUUUUUUGAAGAUGAAGAAGAAGAAGAAGAUAUGUGAGAUGAGCUACCAAAGGUAAAAUUCAUCAUUUAGUAGAAGAAAUUUUAGAUGAUGAUCUUCUUCUCCACCCAUGAUAGACAUUUUAUAGGCACUUUGUGGCUUAGCUCCAUAACAACACUAUUAGAAAAAGACAAAUCAAUCUAAGCCAUUAAUUUUUUUAUGACAAAGAUCUAACCAUUGCAUUCAUUUGUCAUUUCAUCUCUUAUCUCCAUGAAUACAUUAAUGAAUAAAAAUAUAUAUAUUAUCAAAGCAAUUUAUGUUUUUGACAAAGAUCUAGCCAUUGUGUUCACUUGUCAUUUCAUCUCUUAUCUCCAUGACUACAUUGAUAAAGAAAAAAAGAAAAUUGAAUCAAAGCAAUUUAUGUUUUUGACAAAGAUCUAGCCAUUGCAUUCACUUGUCAUUUCAUCUCAUAUCUCCAUAAAUAUAUUAAUAAAUAAAAAACAAAAUAUAAUAAAGCAAUUUAUGUUUUUGACAAAGAUCUAGCCAUUGCAUUCACUUGUCAUUUCAUCUCAUAUCUCCAUAAAUACAUUAAUAAAUAAAAACAAAAUAUAAUCAAAGCAAUUUAUGUUUUUGACAAAGAUCUAGUCAUUGCAUUCACUUGUCAUUUCAUCUCUUAUCUCUAUGACUACAUUAAUAAAGAAAAAAAAAAUUUAAUCAAAGCAAUUUAUAUUUUUGACAAAGAUCUAGUCAUUGCAUUCACUUGUCAUUUCAUCUCUCAUCUCCAUGUCCAAAUUAUUACAAAAAGACAAAUCAAUCUAAGCCAUUGAUUUUCCUCUUUACCUCUCUAUAUAAAUGUAUACUAAUCUUGAAUAAUCUACACAUCUUCAACUCAUUUUCUUACAAGUAAUACUUUUUCCUAAAAUGACUUCAAGUCGAUCUUUGUCAUAUUCAAUUGAAGAAUAUAUGCACUUAUGUCAUGUCUAUCUUGAUGUUUCUCAAAAUCCAAUCAUAAGAAUAAACCAAUCAAAAGAUCAGUUUUGAGCAAGAGUUGAAAAUGAAUAUGAGAAGUCAAAAAUUUCUAGUCAUCAAUCAAGACCAAGAAGAUCUUUACAAACUCGAAUGACAACAAUUCUGUCUGCUUUCUCCAAGCUAAGGGGAUGUGUUAAUCAAAUUGAAAAUAAGAAUCCAAGCGGUGCUUCAGAACAAGACAUUUUGAACCAAGCAAAGAUGUUGCUCAUGCAAGAUGUCAAAUACAGUAGAGGAUUCAAAUUCGACCAUGUAUGGCCCAUCCUUAAAGGCAUAGAAAAUUUUGCAAAUAACAACACCAAUGCAUCAAGAACAUUCCAAGAAGGAGGUCGUAAUGUUACAUCAUCUCCAUCAUUUUCAAUUGAUCUUGAGUCAUCUCCAUCUCCUGGUAUGAAUUCAUUUGAUUUAAAUAUGAAUUCCGAAGAAACCACUUCUAGUUUAUCUCCAAGACCGAUGGGUAUGAAAAAAACUAAGAAAAAACUACAAUCUGAGGAGCAAUUUAAACAAAUGAUGGAGCAAAAUGAUAAGCUUAUUAAAGCUAUUACUAAAGGCACAUCUGAAAGAAAUGAAAUUCAGAGACAAAAGGUCAAGGUAGCAAAAAUGAAUGAAGAGAAUAAAAUAUUAUUCACAGAUCUAAGCUCUAUAACUGAUCCAGCUUGUCGUAUGUAUAUUGAAAACGAGAGAAAAAGAAUUUUGAAGAAAAGAACACAAACAAACCAACCUGAAGAACAUGGAGAAGACUCUCAAUACCAAAAUCAUGGAUCUCAAUAUCAAGAAUCUCAAGUUCAAGGAGAACAAGUUACCAGUGAAGAUCAAAUAUCACCAAAUGAUUUAGAAGUUUCUACUCCAUAUUCUAAUUAUUUUAAUGGGAUGAAUAAUAAUUUCCCUAAUUAUUAGAUAUUUAUCUAGGCUUAUGUUUUAAAAGUUCUUUUCUUGUAUGCAAUUUUUAUUUUUUAGUUUUAAUAUUGCAAUUUAAAUUUCUUGUGUUUGAAUUAAACUUUGCUAUGUAUUUUUAAUCUAGUUUUUAAUUUUUUUUCAUAUCAAUUAAUAUUUUAUAUUAAAUCAAUUUUAAAGAUAACAAAAGAAAUAUGGUAUAUUUAUUUUAAUUAAAAUA